AUCCAACCUGACAACAGCACUCGUAGACGGACCUCUUUAAAAAUCUCUCAUGUGAACAAUGUUCUUCCACCUGAUAAGUGUGGCACUGCUGAGCCUGUGGUGCUGCCCCAUCAUACUGAAAGCUAGCGUUUCUUACCCAAAGACUCUGCCAUGUGAUGUAAGCGAGGCGAGCGACGGGAACGUGGUGACGGUUGACUGCACUGAGAGGAACCUCAAAGAUGUCCCCCCGGGCAUCCCCAGAGACACGACCAAUCUGACGCUCACCAUCAACCAUAUUCCUAAAUUAAACUCCACCUCCUUUCACGGUCUGGAGAACCUGACUGAGAUUGACAUGAGGUGCAACUGUGUGCCCAUCAAGAUCGGGCCCAAGGACCGCAUGUGCAACAAGAGUGUGAUGAUCGAGGAAAACACCUUUACCGACCUGAAGAACCUGCGAGCCCUGUAUCUGGAUGGGAAUCAGCUCGACAGUAUACCUAAAGGCCUCCCUGCAAACCUGAUCCUCCUGAGUUUGGAAGUGAAUCAUAUUUUUUAUAUUUCUAAAGCCAACCUCUCUGAGAUUAGAAACAUUGAGAUUCUCUACCUCGGUCAAAACUGUUAUUUCCGUAACCCAUGUAACGUUUCCUAUGGCAUAGAGGAAGGGGCAUUUUCCCAGCUUAACAAUUUAACAUUGUUGAGUCUUAAGUCAAACAACUUAUCCUUUAUUCCAAAUCUACUGCCCACGAGUCUGAAGGAGUUGUACCUCUACAACAACAACUUUCAAAAAGUCACUGAGGAAGAUUUCAAAAACUUAACUAACCUUGAGAUUCUAGAUAUUAGCGGAAAUUGUCCUCGCUGUUACAACGCUCCUUUCCCAUGCGACCCCUGCCCAGGUAACUCAGCCCUCAAUAUCAGCGAGACGGCUUUUCAAAUGUUGACAAAGCUAAAGACACUGCGUCUGCACAGUAACUCUCUGAAAUAUGUGUCGUCUGAGUGGUUUGCCAGCACAAUAGAGCUGAGAGUUCUUGAUCUCUCAUCAAACUUUUUAGCAAGAGAGAUAGGAGUCACGCACUUCCCUCAUCACCUUGGGAAACUAGAAGAACUGGAUCUCUCCUUUAACUACGAGCUUCAGAGGUACCCUGAAACACUGACGCUGAGCUGCAGUUUCUCCUCCUUGAAAUCCCUCCGGAUCCUCAGACUGAAGGGCUUUGUGUUCCAGCAGCUCAAGUCAGAGAGCAUUGCUCCUUUAAAACAUCUCACAAACUUGGAGGUUAUAGAUUUGGGUACAAACUUUAUUAAAAUCACAAACCUUAGUAUUCUGAUGGAAUUAAAAAGCUUUAAAAUAAUCAGUCUGUCUGACAAUAAAAUAUCUUCCCCCUCUGACGGCCAAGAUUCUGUGGGGUUCUCCGGGGGGGAGACCCAGUACUGGACCCCCAUGUCCCCUGCAGCUCAGUACAAAAGUAAGGAAGUGAGAGAGAUUCAUUACUUCAGAUAUGAUGAAUAUGCACGCAGCUGCAAAUACAAAGAUAAAGAACUCGGCACGGUUGCAUCCUUUGUCAACACGAAUUGCAGUCAGUUCGGCAAAACCCUAGAUGUGAGCAGAAACAACAUUUUUUUCUUGCAUCCCAGAUUUCUAAAUCUCAGAGAGCUGAGAUGCCUCAAUCUGUCGGGGAAUGCAAUGAGCCAAAGUCUUAAUGGCACUGAAUUUAGCAAUUUGAUUAAUUUACAAUAUUUAGACUUCUCCUCAAAUCGCCUCGACCUGCUCUACCCCACUGCCUUUCAGGAGCUGAAAAAUCUGGUCAUCUUGGAUAUCAGUCGCAACAACCAUUACUUUGAGUCCGAGGGCUUGACUCACAUGCUUAAUUUUACCAAACAUUUGAAAAAUCUCAAAGUAUUGCUCAUGAACCACAACAAGAUCUCUACUUCUACUAACACAGAGUUGGAGAGUCAAUCUCUAGAGAGGUUAGAGUUCAUAGAUAACCGGUUAGACAUGUUGUGGAGGGACGGGGACAACCGGUAUUUUAAUUAUUUUAAGAAACUAGAUAAUCUGAUUGUUCUCGACAUCUCGCAUAACAACCUCCCCUUCAUUCCACAAGAAGUGUUCAGUGGUUUUCCGGACAAACUGUCCGAGCUCUAUAUAAAAAAUAACAGACUAAAAGACAAAUCUUUUUAUUGGGAGAAACUAAACCUUCUGCACUCUCUUCACGUCUUAGAUCUCAGUGGAAACAGCUUCACCACUGUUCCAGCCAUGUUGUCACUCUGUACCAAAUCUCUAAAGAAGCUCCUUUUACAUAAAAACCAAAUCCUGAAACUCACGCCAGAUUUCCUCAAGGGUGCCCACAACUUAAAAUAUCUGGACCUAAGCUUUAAUCACCUACAGCACAUUGAGAAAUCCAGCUUCCCAGAUGAUGUCGUUAAUAACAUGGACAUGCUGCUUCUGCACAAAAACAGAUUUCUAUGCAGCUGCAACGCAACUUGGUUCAUCACGUGGCUCAACACGACCACGGUGAAGAUCCCCAGGCUGGCCACGGAGGUUACGUGCGCCAGCCCGGGGGCUCAAAGAGGUCACCCUGUGAUCUCAGUGGACCUGCUAGCCUGCCAGCACAACUACCUGUCAAUCAUGCUGUACACCCUCAUGACUUCCCUCGUCCUCAGCUUCCUCACCCUGUCAAUCUCCAGCCACCUCUUCCUGUGGGACGUCUGGUACAUCUACCACUUCUGCCGGGCAAAGCUCAAAGGUUACGGCCGCCUGUAUUCCCAGACCUCUGCCUAUGAUGCCUUUGUAAUAUAUGACAAGGAGGAUACGGCCGUGACGGAGUGGGUGCUGAAGGAAAUGUGCGCUCAUCUGGAGGAACACGGGGACCGCCGCCUGGCGCUGUGUCUGGAGGAGAGGGACUGGAUGCCCGGGUGUCCUCUGAUCGACAACCUCUCACAGAGCAUCCACAACAGCAAGAGGACCGUGUUCGUACUGACCAACAAAUACAUCAAAAGUGGCAAUUUCAAGACAGCGUUCUACAUGGCCCACCAGAGGCUAAUGGAUGAAAAAAAUGACGUUAUUGUACUGAUCCUCUUGGAGAAAGUACCAUGCAAUUCAAAGUACCUGAGGCUGAGGAAGAGGCUCUUUAAGCGCUCGGUGCUGGAGUGGCCCACUAACCCUCAGGCCCAGUUGUACUUCUGGUUCAGCCUGAGAAGUGUGUUAGCCACUGAAAGUCACAAACAAUACAACAACCUCUUUAAGGAGACACUCUAAGACAACAAACUUUCAUUCUUAGUUCCUCCUUUCAUUUCAUAAUUGUACUUCUGUAUAUAAAUAAUAACUUUUGAAUGCCAAGCAACCCAGUUUUGAAAUGCAUUUCUGUUAUAUGAAUGACCGUUUGUGUGCAGUCCCUUAAUAGAGAACUUGCUGCUUCUCUUUGGCAUCACCACA